AUGAACAUCGUCACCUCCUACUUUCUCGUUCGCAAGCUGCCCGGCACCCUUGCCAUGGGUGGAGACAUUCAAAAGAACCAGAAAGACCGCCAGCGCGAAUACAUGGAGUGCCUGCGGCUCAAUCAGCAACACCCCGGCGUCGCGUCCGUUCACCUCAUCGUCGAGGGACUCGACGCCUACGAGCACCUGCUAGAGCAUGUUCUCUGUAACCCUCACUUCCACAGUGAUCCCACGUUGAACUCGUCUACGACGCCAAUAACCGCACGGCACCGCAGCGGUCAUGUUGCUCCUAUCGUACCUGUGGUACGCUUUGCCAGCGGCAUGCCCUUGUACGCCGACCUCUUUGCCUACGCAAACCAGCUUCUCUCACACCGCCUCACGAUGGUGUGCAACGCGGACGUGUAUCUCUCCUCCGACCACUUUUCGCUCUCAGCGGUGCAAGACCUCUUUCGCCAAUCCAGCACCAUGCCCCCUCCCCGAACACCGCUUUGCAGUGAGUCCCACACGAGGACUACGGAGGGGACGGAGGCGGGGGCGACACGGCCCUACUUGGCGCAGAAUUUGGGGAACCCCUUGGCACUGGCGCUCACCCGCUACGAGAGCGACAGCCCCCUUGACGCGCCAUUCCUGUACGACUAUCGCGGCUCGCACGACGCCUUUGUGUUUGUGCCGCCUGUGCCACCGUCGUUUGUGCGCCGUGUCGCCCAUCCGCAGAACAGCUACAAGGCGGAGAACAUCGUCCUGCACGAGCUUCAGCGAAGCGGAUACCUUACAUUGAACCCAACGUUGGGGGAUGGCGUGCGCCUUGUUCACCACCACGCCGCUGAUCUUCGGCAGUGGUUUCCACCGGUAGAUGAGUCGCGGUACGGCCGCGCACAACCGAGCACAGUGGCACAGGCGGCAUCAUGCAUCUGUGAGGAGGCACGUGUGCGGUCGCUACCGCUGUGUCUGCAUAAGGACUGA